GCUGGUGCGACUGCAGGAGAAAAGCGCUGCCAUGGGGCGAGUGCAAGGAGGGAUGCGCUGUGUCAAGUUCCUGCUCUUUAUUUUCAACUUCAUCUUCUGGUUGGCAGGCUCUGCAGUCGUCGCAUUCGGGCUAUGGCUACGGUUUGGAGGGGUAAUAAGAGAUUUAUCAACUGAGGAGAAGUCCCCAGAAUACUUUUAUCUGGGACUGUAUAUGCUUGUGGGAGCAGGUGUGCUUAUGAUGACAGUGGGAUUUUUUGGGUGUUGUGGAGCUGCCCGUGAAUCUCAGUGCCUGCUUGGAGCAUUCUUUACUUGCUUGUUGGUGAUUUUUGCUGCUGAAGUUACUGCUGGAGUUUUCGCUUUUAUUGGCAAGAAAUCAGCUGUCGAUGAGGUACAAGCUAUCUAUAAUGAAGCUUAUGACAGCUAUAUGAGAGACGCAGAAAAAAACAAAACUCUCAUCCACUUCCAUGAUGCGCUUCAGUGUUGUGGGAAAGAAAGUGAUGUUCCAGUUCAAGUUAAGGCAACCUGUCCAAAAGACGUUCAAGAGCAGAAAAAUUGCCUGGAAGAAAUCCAGACGCUCAUUGAUUCAAAGCUUCAUUUAGUUGGCAUUGUUGGAAUCGGAAUUGCUGGAAUCACAAUCUUCGGCAUGAUCUUCAGCAUGGUUCUUUGCUGCGCAAUCCGUAACACAAGAGACAUGCUCUAGAACUCUUGCUGCAUAGCAUUACUUUCGCAUCAGGGAAUGGAGAGCUUCUGGACAGAACUCAUCUGCAAGAAGCACUUGCCCUGCUCAGCUUAACAACUGUAAUCCAUUUUAAUUAGUGGUGUUAACCAACUGACAGAGAAAAGGGGAAGUUUGGUGAGCCUGAGAGUUUGCAUCAUUUGCCUUUCAAAUUUUAAGUCAAAAUCUGAGCAAAUAGGAUGGGUGCAACAGAGUCUUUUCCUUAAGAAAAAGGCAAUGGCAGCAUCUAAACCUACAUUUAUUUUAAGUAUGACUUUGCACAUAUGUGUGGGUGAAAAGUGCCUGUAUCUCCAUAUUCAAGUACAUGUGUGUUGGUAUACAGGUGCAUGUGGUGCAGCUGCACAGAUAUUUGUAUAUACGGUACUCCAUAUGAUUGUAUGUAUGUUUUGUGGGUGUCUGUAUUUGCAUGCAUAUUGCUGCGGUAUAUAUACACUUGGGUGCAUACCCAGGCUAACGCCUUUUCCAAGUGGACUCCUAUUUGCUGAUAAGCUGUAGAGGAAAAGAAAAAGGUUCCAUCUAAUCUUCAGCCAAUUUCUGCAAUACUCCAAAGGAACUAGAUUUAAUGAGUUUAAGAAAUUAUGUGAUAAACUAAUAAGGCUGUUCCUAGGCAAGUUUCCUUCUUUAAGGAUCUCUCUAAUGUCAAAUGCACACCUGUUUACAGACCACGGUCUUUAUUUUGACUGCUGGAAACCCGAUUAGGAAUCCCUGGCCCAUACAAAAGAUAGCAGUACAACAAAGAGAAAUCUUUGUCUAUGGAGAGCAAUUCAGGCAGUAGAUACAAAAUAAUGUGGGUUUGAGGGGGGACAAGAAGCCUUUUGCAAAGGAUAUGCAGCUUUUUCUGAUCAGAAUAACAUUUUUCAAAUCAAAAUUUUCCUGAUGAACAGAUCCUGAUAAAUUUCUCUUGAUGCGCCAAGUUUUCUGUUGUUGUUUCCCCUAUCUGUUGUCUCUUUCUGUGCAAUCAAGAAAAAAAAUCCUACACUUUUUACUUGCUGCAGUAUGCUAACAAGCCCUGGCUGAACAUGUGUAGCAAGGUAUCCUGUUACCCCUUUAAUGAAUAACAGUUGUAGCCUUCCUUAACUGUAGCUAGAUCAUCAUGACUCCUUCUUUAAAAUUAAAAAUAAUUUUUAAAAAUUCUAUUCAAAAAUAAAUAUUCCCAAUAUUCUGCUGACAUGAUGAUGAGGCAGAAGGGAGUUAGGUCUCUUGUUGCUAUUGAUGACACUGACAGUGUGUCAUUUGCACAAUCACAUUCCAUACAAAAGUCAUAAUAGCCUUCUGAGAAGAUACUUGUACUAUGCACAAGUCAAUGAGACUUGCACAUUCACAUCGCGCUCCUAAAUAGAGUGGCAGUCAUUUAAGACCAUUGAUGUCGGUGGGCUUAGAAGAGGAAAGUGUUACUCUGCUUAAGGUAGCACUGUUUUUUGGUGCAAAAAUUGAUUACAUAGAUUGGACCAUAGAGUUGGAGAUGGGAAGAGCAGACAGACAGCGAAGAGGUAGUUUUUCUUGUUGUUUUAUAAAGAAAAUAUGCUGUAAGCUUUGUUACUUGUUUAUGUUAUGUUAAUAAUAAUAAUGCUAACAACAUUCGAUUUAUAUACCACCCUUCAGGACAACUUAACACCCACUCAGAGCGGUUUACAAAGUAUGUUAUUAUUAUCCCCACAACAAACACCCUGUGAGGUGGGUGGAGCUGAGAGAGCUCUGGAAGAGCUGUGACUGACCCAAGGUCACCCAGCUGGCUUCAAAUGGAGGAGUGGGGAAUCAAGUGGAGGAGAGGGUUCUCCAGAUUAGAGUCCCACUGCUCUUAACCACUACACCAAACCGGCUCUCAUAUUAAGAUACAUCAGCCAAACAAACAUUAAUAGUCCUAUUUAUGUUUAAAGUGAACGUCAAAACCUUUGCUUUAUUUCUGUCCUUGGAAAAGGUCAGCACACACACUGUAUAUAAAUAGUGGCUGCAUAUUCUUGGGAAGUAUGCUUAGGGGGCAUAUGAGCCGAAGUCACUGCAGGAUCUUCUGAUCAAAAUGCAGUGAUCUUUAUGAAGAUCCUGGCCAUAGAGAAGUUGCAUUUUAAUCUCUUUCAUUUCUUCUGGUUCUACCUGAGAAUCAGAGCAAGGGUCACUGCAGGGCCUUUUAACAAGGCCGUACAAUAACCAGAAAUGCUAUUAUUACCAGAGGUUCAUUGUGGGUAAAAACUGUAAAAGUUGUGUUGUUAACUUGGAAUACCUCAUGAGUGAGUUUACAGUUUGCAUCUAUGCUUUUUAUUUUUUUUCUUUCUAGUUCCUUGAAAAAAAUAUACCAAUGGAAGUAAUCUAGCUAGCCAGUGGGAAACAAUGGUGCAAUCUCAGUCCAUUAACAAUCAAUGGGAUCAUGCCAUUGACCUCAAUGGAGAUACGUUCUCAGCAUUUUUUCUGUCUGACCCACUUCUGGCAAGCUGUGAUUUUAGGAGUUAGAACUCAGGUAAUAACCUCAGUUCUUAAGUUUCUGAUUCUUUUGUUAUGUUUUGUUGUGAAUAGGAACAGACCAUCCAGAAGAAUAUGUCAGCAAGAGUCCGUGCUGAUACUCUGAUGUGUAUUCCAUCAAAGUGUAUUAAAAAGUAUGAGACCUCAGGGAGAGCCUUUGUUUGAAGAGCAGUGUGCACCCAAGUGUGUGUAUCUGUGGGAGUGUGCACAUACAUGUAUAUUGAGAGACUGAGAGGCGCCAAGUUGUGUUAAGUUUUUCCUCACCCUUCAAACACACAUGUAUGCAUACCACCUCCAAAGAAAUUUCAGUUAUGUCACAUUAUUUGUCUCUACACCUUGCCCCAGUUCAAGUCCAGUUUAAACAUUUAGGCUGGGAUAAUAUAGUCGAUGUGGUGGGGCUCUUGGCCAGGUUUCAGGAGUGAACAUAUGGUUUGUGCAACGCAUCCCACUUACACAAAAGCUUAUUUGGCAUUGGGCAUGCAUGCUGUUCAUUCUGUUCUCUUCCACAUAAAAGAUGUUUCCAAGGGCCUGAAUAUCUUAACAAGAUCCCUUUUUCAGUCAGGAACCAGACCUGCCUGCAUUGUGAACAGUUCUCACCCAUCAUUUGCAGUCCCAUUUUCUGGUCGAGGGAUUCAGAAAUUCCUGGACAAUGUGUGCUUUAUUUUUGUUUAAAAAUAAACUUCAACAUAAAAAUAUUUAAAGCCCUGGAUUUGAUGGAAAUGUUUACCUUUUUUCUGUUUCAAAGAUGUUGUUUUAAGAAUUCAUAUUCUACAGGAAAAUUGAGGGGAGGAAAGUGAAGAGAAUUCAUUCUAAUUUAGACGUAGGGUAUAUAUAUUAGAAUUUCCCUCAGGAGCUAGACCAUUUCCUCCAACAAUAUGGCCAGCAGUUCUCAAAUGAAGCCAAAGUUGUUUUAAAAUGAAACGUGCCGGAUAUAAAGCAGACAUUAGCAAAGUUUGGAACAUCUGGGCUUUACUCCAAAUUACUCAGUCCUAUUGCCUCCAAACUCUGUUUCUAACCCUGCUUCUUCCAUUUCCCAGCUUGGUCUUCUGUUUGCUCUUACAUGCAAAAUGCAGUUUUAUGGAUUGGGAAUGCAAUUUCAGUGUCUGCAGAUGCUGUAAUCCAGCUUCUCAGGCUAUUUUGGUAUGCCAGCAUGUUUUUUUUUCUCCUGGGAGUUCCCAUACUCCCAGCUUUAUGCAACAGGACAGAACCAGGAGCAAGAAGCACCAAUUAAAUGAGCCCUCAGUCUUCACAUGCCCUCAGUCUUCACAUACACCCCUCUCUCCUUUCCGAUCCUUAUCCAUCCUUACAUGGUUUUAGUAGAUAAGAAAAGGAUCCUGCUGGCUACAUAUAGUUGAAAGGAAGUUCCACUCUGUUCUGUUAUGACAGAUAUAUUUCUCACUAGCAGGAAAAGGUUACACCUUCUCCCUAUGCUAAUUAGAAAAUGUAAAUGCCAUAGCAAAGCAAUGGACAGCAGCCAGUUAAGGGCUUCACCCUUUAUUAACUGUUGGCACUUCAGAUAAACUGCUCUGUCCUGUGCAGACUUCACCCCCUCCUACUGAAGUAUACUGAUAACUAAGCUAUGUGGGUGGGGAGGUGGUAUCCACAAUGACAGACUGGGCCAUGCACACACCCAUCAUUAAUGGAACUGGAGAAGCAAGGAUGUACACAUAACACAUAUAUGUCAUAUGUACACAUAUAAGUUCUUGGUUGUAAUUUGGCAUCACAAUAACCUGUUGGCUUCUGCCUCUUUUCUGAUUGCCUCCAUCAGAGUUGGAGAAUCCUUAAAUACCAUUGUGUCAUUGCUUGGUUGCUUCCUUAUAUCUAAGUGCCUUUUUGGAAACAGGACUGAUUGCCAGUUAUGCAAAAGUAAGCUUUUUUAAAAAUCAAACUGUAAAAAUCAGACUUGAGCUAUGUUAUUAUUUCAUUGUUACUUUCUAGUGAAUUCUCAUUUCCUCCAUGCAUUGUGUUGGUGUGUAUGCUGUACUUGUUCUGGCUCAUCUGCCUUCCAGAAACAAUAAAAAGAUGUGUUUUGAAUUACUGACAAUGUAAUGGCACCAAAUGCAUAUUUUCUGGAAAACAGCAGAUAUUAAAAGUCUGCAUCAGUGCCUUUGAACACUCCACAUCUGUAGCCUUCUCUUCCCCUCAUGUCAAAAAUUAUUUCUAAAGCCACACAAGGAGGGGGAUCCUUCUACUCUGAAUAAAUUUAAGCAUAUGCUAUCUUGAAUACCAGCAACUUCUGGCAUGUGAUUCAGCUCUUUCUUAAACUUUGCACUUUCCUAUGGCAUAUGCAAUAAGGGAGCCUGUUGUCACCCAGCCUUCUUUUGGAUUCAUAUUUCCAUGGGCUCCAAACCUUGUUGAAUACAAAUUGGCAUGCUCAGAUGGCCUCCCUGGUCUUCAGUGAGAAUGAUUUACUGCAUGCCCAAACAGACAUGAAAAUUAGCCCCAUGUCUCUUCUGAGUUUACAGAACCAGGAAUUGUGAUGAAAAUUAGUGAGAGCUCUACAGAUCACACAUGAACAGACAUAAUGCUGCCUUAUACUGAAUUAUACCAUUGGUCCAUCAAGAUCAGAAUUGUGUACUCAGACUGGCAGCAGCUAUCCAGGGUCUUAGGUGGAUGUCUUUCACUUUGCCUACUACCUUGUCCCUUCAACUGGAGAAGCUGGGGGGACCUUCUGCAUGAAAAACAAGUGCUCUCCUACUGAACCACAGCCCCUCCUCAGGUAUCAGUAGUCACUGCUGGGAUAGGCAUAUACCUUGGGGCCAUGUAGGAAAUACACUCUUUUCAUUGUGCUGCUAUUUCUUUGGCUGAAGCCUGACAUCUGCCCUUUAUUUGCAAACUCCUCUAGACAGUGCCAUUGUCUUUCCUGAAAGGCGCUAAUAUGAGACAUGGCCACUGUAGUAAGGAGGAGCAUGAUACAGCAGACUAGAAACAGAGAGGUGGGGUGAAUGCAUGAAGCUGCCUUAUACUAGACUUGUAUAUACACUGUGGUGAAAAAAUAAACAUCCUCCAUGUACAUGCAUAUAUCUGUAAGAAAGAACCAAUGUGCAUUCAUUUUAGAAAUUUAAAUCGGGGACCUGUUAAUGGAUUAAUGUGAGGUUUAAAUUAUGCAUGCAGCUGUGCACACAUAAACAUAAUGUAAGAAAAACUCAGUGUGCAUACAAAGAUAUAAUGUGUACACUGUAAUGUACACAUAGUAAUGUGUACAGGGCUAUUGAGUCAGACUAUUGGUCUAUCAAUAACAGCAGCAUUCCAGGGUCUCAGAUAAAGUUCUUUCGCAUCACCUAACCCCAUCUCCUUUUAACUGGAGAUGCCAGGGUUUGAACCUGGGACCUUCCGCAUGCAAAGCGGAUGCUCUACCAUUGAAACACAGCCUCUCCCAUUGACCAAAUCCUCCUAAGUAUCUUCAGGAUAUCUGUGCUAGGCAAGCACUCCUACAGUGAAAUCCUAAGCAGAGUUACUCCAGUCUAAGCCCAUUGAUUUCAAUAGGUUUAGACUGGAGAAACUGUGCUUAUGAUUUCACUGCUAAGCUACCAAGCACAGUCCAAAUGGUCUUCUUCAGCAAUAUGGAAACUUGGCACAUGGUACUGUACUGCUGUGGAGGCAAAUGCACAAGCUGAGGAUCCUUUACAAUACAUUAAAUAAGGCCUUACCUACAGGGGAAGCUUCCAAUAACUUUUACCUAUAAUGAGUACAUUAUGCAUCUAAUGGAUGCUCUGCCCCGCCUAAUGUAAUCAUAGGCAUCUUCAUUAUCCUCAGGAAUGAUUAUUUAUGUGGAUGUUUAGAACUUCCACUGCGUUCACUGAGUGUCGACCUACAGAGAGAAGGCAAGACCUGAUGGAAACAGAACAACAAAAUAGCUAUUCUAUAAAGGUCAUUUGCCAAUAUCCUACUAGAAACAUGAUGUGGUUAUUUUAUGUGAAAAUGUAUUUUGUUUCUGUUAAAAUGAAUGUACAAAACUGUUAUUUCCAUUCUUCAAAGUCUACAUUUUAGAAUUUUUUCAUGCAACUUCAUUCCAUUUUUCAAGUGUAAAUGGAAAUGUUCCCCUGCCCUCCAACACACAUACACUCAGAGCCAAGCUACAAGUGACGCCUGACACAGGUUGGACACUUGUCAGCUUACCUCAAGUUUUGAUGGGAAAUGUAGGUGUCCUGGUCUUACAGCUUGGCUCUCCAUUUAAUUGAAGUUUACAGAACCCCUCCCCCACACACAUGCACCCAGCGGAGGGGAAGGGGGGCACCCGGUGAGAGCCCAAUGCCUGCACUCCCCUCCCAACUGCAUGUUCUCCCUCCCAUAGACUGCCGCUCUGUAAGCUUCAAUUAAGUGGAGAGCCAAGCUGCAAGACCAGAACGCCUACAUUUCCCAUCAAAACUUGAGGGAAG